AUGGCGAUUGCUGUGCCAGGGCAACUUAACCUGGACGAGUCCCCGUCGUGGGGUUCCAGGAGCGUUGACUGCUUCGAGAAGCUGGAGCAGAUCGGCGAAGGAACUUACGGGUGAGUGGGAAACUAUGAAUAAUAAUAUCAACAAGGAAACGCCCUUCUGUUUAGUCGAGGGAAAAUAUACCUUCCCUGCCUAGUAUGUCUGAAACUCGAAGGACAUCUUCUUCCAUGAUUCGGAUGGGAUUUUCUAGCUUUAGUUGAUCAUACGUGGUCUAUCGUUGCUCCAUCGACUAGGGCUUUUACUCUGUUUCUUGUAUCCCUCCCUUUUAAAAAUGUCUACCUUUAUUCAACAUUCUCGUCACUAAGAAGUAUCUUACUUUAUAAAUUUCGUGCGUUCAAGAGUUCGGGAUAACGGUUUUGUCUUCUUAAUGUAUUCUCUCAAUCUAAUAUGAUUCAGGUUCAAGAUAAUUUUGCUUCAAGAAUUCUCAAACUUUUGUAUGAAAUUAAGAUAUCCGAGUCGCCCUUUUCUGAACGCGUGACAUCAAUUCACCAAUGUGGACCUUUCAGUAUCCAUCGGAACAUGUAAACAUGUGUUUGCUUAUUAGCAUGGCAGCAAUGUUUCAUAUUUGAACUAUAACUAUUAUUCUUUUAGAAAAUGUAUCGUUAUUUUAUUUCUUUAUUUUGACCAUAUAUGAAUGCCGUUAAAAAGAGGAUAUUACUCCAUCAUUUCUUUGUUUUUGAUCCAUUGAAAUUAUAAGAAUAGUAUCUUGAAGGUUGAAAUUAUGUGGUAACUUUACUUUAUAAUUUAUAUUAUCAUAUUACGUCCUAGGAGAAUCAAUGCAGAUGGUGAAGAUGUAGAAAGACAGCCCGUUCUUCCUGCAAGGGUUUCCCUGGACAUCAAACCGCUGGAAGAUCACUGAGAAUGGUUUCCAAAUUGCUUUAUUUUCUCCAUUAGUGUCAUAGUUGGGUUUAUGAAAUUGUGCUCCAAGAUAAUUCCGUUCCUUGAAAACACUUGUUAUAAAAAAAAUGACGGUAUGUUGGAGGAAAUCUAUAAUUCUGUUUUCUUUGUCUUGGCAGAAAUAGAAUUUUUCUCAACUGAUUGUUACUUGCCUUUUAGUAGGUCCCUCUGUUUCCUUAAGUGCACAGUUUUUCUUAUGAGAUACCACCCACUAUUUCCCACAGAGGUGCCCAGCAUCAUUAGAAAUAAGCCCUAGUACAGUUACAUGAGACAGAAAAAUGAAAUUGGUGACAGACAGAAGUGAUUCUUUUGGAAUUUCUUGAAUUAUCUUUGAUCUAUUCGCAUUGUCAUUCGUUAUAACUUCAGUAAUAUCCUGCUCCAUAUUCACAGUACGGUAGCGACUCAGACUUUGGAUAACAGCGUUUAGAAGUUGAGGAGCAAUCUUUGACAAAUUAUUUAUUUUACUAUUCAAUUUCUCAAGCUCUUUCUUUGUCUAGUUGACAUUGUAAAUUUCAAGUAGAAUGAUAUGUAGAUUGCUACUAAAAUUGGAGUGGACGCAGUUAAAACAUGGGUAGAGGUCAAUGCCUCUUCUUGGUCUCAAUUCUGAUUAAAAUGAGAAGUCCAUGUAUAGCAGGCACGUGAUGUUAUCAUCAUGAAAGUCCAGUGUAUAUUAUGUUUAUGUAUGAAUCUUCUGUCUCGAAACCAGAAUGCAAGAAUUUUACCAUAUUGGUCAAUAGUGAGGCUGCAUUCGGAAGUCAUUCCUUUGGCAUUCAACACUAACAUGUAUUCAUCUACCAUUUCUCAUGAGCCCUGCAUUUUUUGCUUUAAAUAGUUUUACUUAUGGGUAUAGCUUUAAGGAACUUUUCUUGACUAUCUCUGUGAGGGAGGUAAAGUGGUCUCAUUAAAUUUUAUCUACAGAGUGCAGAUGGGAAAAAAAAAGAAAAAAAAUCUGAGAUUUAGAUUAUUAUACACAUUGUUCUGGAGUUUUUUAUUAAAUUUUACAGAGUGCAGAUAGCAAAUACGCAUGGAUUGUUGGUUUCUUGUAAUUUUUUAUUCUGUAUUCUAGUUAUGCAUGCUGUUUCCCAUAUUUAUGUGUAGAUAUCUCUGACAGCCUUUUUAAAAACGAAUGUGUUCUUACUCCUGGACAUUUUUAAAUAUGAUAUGAAAUUUCAAUUAAUUUUUGGCGUCCUGGAAUGUAGACAGGUAUAUAUGGCUAGGGAAAUCCGUACUGGAGAAAUUGUGGCAUUGAAGAAAAUCAGAAUGGACAAUGAACGAGAAGGGGUAAACACUUCGUCUUAGUUCUAUUUUGACUUACAGUACAAUAAAUUUGCUACUAACUGAUAAAAAUUUGUUUUAGAAUUGUGGCUGAACAUAUAGUACCCUUUGCAGUUUCCCAUAACAGCUAUUCGAGAAAUCAAAAUCCUGAAAAAGCUGCAUCACGAAAACAUUAUCCGAUUGAAAGAGAUUGUGACCUCUCCAGGUGGGAUUUGGAACAUCCCCAUCUGUUCAGAAUCCUAUCCAUUAUUCACAUUAUUUAUUAUAUUUUUUUGAUGUUGGGAUCCAGGUCCUGAAAAAGAUGAGCAUGGGAAGCCCGGUAAGUUAAUCAGAUCUUGCUCACCUUUAUUUCCAUGAUGGUAGCAUUGAUUUUUCCUGUCCUUUGGUUCAAGUUGCAUGGCCCAUAACUUGUCUUCUAACGAUCUCUUUUGUCAGAAGAUAGACAAGCAAAUCCUUUUCUCAUAAAUUAUAUUUUUGUAGAAUAUUAUAUAUGUUUUUGAACCUUGGUCUAUGCAGAUGGCAAUAAAUAUAAAGGAAGCAUCUACAUGGUCUUUGAGUACAUGGAUCAUGACCUAACAGGUCUCUCAGAUCGGCCUGGCAUGCGAUUCACAGUCCCACAGAUAAAAGUAUAUUCUGAUGAUUUGAUCUUUCUUAUUUUUAUUGCAAAUUAACCAAUGUUUAUGCAUAUGUUUUCCUUACUUUUUGGUUAAUGAAUUAAUUAAUGCUGAUGGUUAUGCUUUUCUUAUCACUUUGGCUUUCUAGUGCUACAUGAGGCAGCUGUUGACAGGACUCCAUUACUGCCAUGUUAACCAAGUUCUUCACCGGGAUAUCAAAGGUCAACUCCUGCACCUACCCAUUUGACAUUUUGUUUCUCCAAUUUGUCAUUCCUCGCUGAUCUUGUGUCUUUAAUUUCUUCCUGCAGGAUCUAACCUCCUGAUUGACAAUGACGGGAAUCUGAAGCUCGCAGACUUUGGCCUCGCUCGAUCGUUCUCGAGUGACCAAAAUGCAAAUCUCACUAACCGAGUCAUCACUCUGUGGUACAGGUAUAUUUUUUUAUUUUUUUUUGGGGAAAGUUAAAAUUUAGAUUUUAUUCUAUUAAUGGAAUGAUGAACAGACCACCGGAGCUGCUUCUGGGAGCCACAAAGUAUGGUCCGGCCGUCGACAUGUGGUCUGUUGGCUGCAUAUUCGCUGAGCUUCUCCAUGGAAAACCCAUAUUACCUGGGAAAAAUGAGGUGACAAUCACCUUUUCUUCAUUUUUCUCAAGAGAUUAGAGUGAGAAAUUUUCCUUUUUUUAUCAUGAAAGUAUUGAUGAUCUUUGUGGGAAUAUUGAAUUUUAUUCAGUCUACCCGAAUGGCUGACUUUUCUGUGAUCUCAUGGCAGCCAGAGCAGCUGACCAAGAUCUUUGAGCUUUGCGGGACGCCUGACGAGGUCAACUGGCCGGGUGUCUCGAAGAUCCCCUGGUACAACAACUUCAAGCCCCCAAAGCCGAUGAAGAGACGUGUCCGGGAGGCCUUCAAGCAGUGAGUCUCCUCUGGUCUCAUUCAUUAUAAGACGCCAUUAAUAAUAUACCUCCCCUUGAAGGAUCUCUCCUUCCCCCGCCACCCACCCAACAAGAUGAUGAUGAUGAUGAUGAUGAUGAUGACGAUCAUGUUCCUAUUUUCUCGACAGCUUCGAUCGGCAUGCCCUCGAGCUGCUCGAGAGAAUGCUCACUCUCGACCCUUCACAGGUUGCCUUCUAUUUUAAGCAUAAUCCUCCUGUUUUCGAUGGCCAUCUUCUUGAAGAAAAGCAGUCAUGUUCUUUGCCAUCUAGAGAGACCUUCAAUGUAGACCCUAAUGGCCUGAUGUGGAAUCAUUGCAGAGAAUAUCAGCGAAGGAUGCUUUGGAUGCGGAGUAUUUCUGGACCGACCCGUUGCCCUGCGACCCCAAAAGGUAGUCAUCAUCUCUCUAGGAUCUCUUCGUCGACCUGCAUCUUCCUCCUCGAAACCCUUCAGAAUGGUUGAUUCUCUGACAUUGAUGGUGGCGGCAGCUUGCCCAAGUACGAGUCUUCCCACGAGUUCCAGACGAAGAAGAAGCGGCAGCAGCAGCGGCAGAAUGAGGAGAACGCAAAGAGGCAGAAGAUGCAGCACCCUCAGCCCCACUCCCGGCUGCCGCCCAUCCAGCAGACAGGGCCGGUGCACCCUCAGCUCCGGCCCGGCCCCGGGCAGCCGCUCCCGCUCCAUGGCGCGCCGGUGCCGGCCAUGGCAGGGAUGAGCCACCACUACCAGAAGCCUCGUGGGCCUGCCGGAGGGCCGAACAGGUACCCGCCAGGGGGCAACCCAAGCGGCGGUGGCUACAACCCAAGCAGAGGAGGCCAAGGCAGCAGUGGUGGUGGUACCGCUGGUGGUGGCUAUGGCGGCUCUGCCCCGUAUCCCCCCCAGGGUCGGGGGCCUCCUUAUCCUGGUGGCGGCAGCAGCAGCAUGCCGGCAGCAGGUGGCCCGAGAGGUGGGGCUCCUGCUGGGUAUGGUGUUGGUGGGCCAAAUUACCCGCAAGGCGGCGGCAGUGGUGGCGGCGGUGGCGGUAGCAGUGGUGGCAGCGGUGGCGGAGGUGGUCACUAUGGCGGCUCAUCCGGCGGGCAGAGCCGGGGGCCCAACAUGAUGGGCGGCAACCGGAACCAGCAGCAGUAUGGUGGCUGGCACAGCUGA